UCUCUCUCUCUCUCUCUCUCUCUUGUUCACUCCGUCAGUUUGAUUUGCAAUACUACUUGCAGAUUAUCUCCAUAACCCAUUUACUGCCCAUGAUUUUAUUCUAUUGGAACACCCAAAAACCAUAGUGUUUUGGCCAUGUUCAUAUUUUCAUUUGAAUCUUGAUAAUCUUCACUUUAGGAAAAACUACUUAUAAUUGAUACCCUUUUAAGAGAAAUCUAUCAACAUUGCUCAUACUAUACCUGCAUACCACUAGGCCUUAAUUCUACCUAACCAUCAAACCACAUUCUUCCAAAAGGACAGAAGGUCAAUCAAGCCUACACUUCUGUUUUUCUCAUUUGUUUUGAUUCAAUUAUGAAUCCCCUAGGCCCAUGGAAGAUUGAGUAUCAUGAGUUUCAAGGACCGAGUUCAUCGUAUUCUGGAAACAACAGUUUUGUUGUUUGGGAUCCCCAGACUUUUGCCAUGAAUCUUCUUCCGAGGUACUUCAAGCACAACAAUUUCUCAAGUUUUGUGAGGCAGCUCAACACCUAUGAAUGUGAAUUGUGCAGGGCUUUCGAAAGAUGGAGCCAGAUAGAUGGGAGUUUGCUAAUGAAGGGUUUUUAAGAGGGCAAAGGCAACUGCUGAAGAACAUUAGGAGGAGAAAUGCAUCUUCUCAUCCUCAGACUUCCCACCAGGGCCUAGACCAUUGUGUCGAAUUGGGUCGAUUCGGAUUGGAUUCAGAAAUUGAUCGGUUGAGGCGUGACAAACAGGUUUUAAUGUUGGAGCUGGUGAAACUUAGACAGCAACAACAGAGUACUAAAGAUUACCUCAAAGCAAUAGAAGAAAGACUAGAAGGAACAGAGAUGAAACAGCGACAGAUGACGAGUUUCUUGGCCAAAGCAAUACAGAAUCCUAGUUUUGUACAGAAAUUAGUACAACAUAAGGACAGAAGGAAAGAAAUUGGGGCAGUAAUUGGUAAGAAGAGGGGGCGGUCUAUCGAUCAAGGUCCUAGUAAUGUUGCAGUAAGCAAAUUAGGCCAUGGUAGGGAGGGAGAAUUUUAUGUUAAAAUCGACGAUCUGGAGCUGAAGGCUCUUGCUAUGGACAUUCAAGGACUAGAGGAAGAAUAUGUAGAUAAAGAAGAAAAGCAUCAUCUUGGAGAUCAUAGAGUUGUUGAUGUGGGGUUCUGGGAAGAUUUUUUGAAUGAGGAGAUUGAAGAUGAAUUGGAUUGA